GGAGGGCGGAGGGCGGAGCAGGAGAAGGAGGGAGAAGGGAGGGUAUGUUAGCGAGUGAGACACAAGAAAAGCUUGCGCGCCACCGCCCUCCUCGGGAGAGAGGCUGGAGUGAGGCUGAGCGGAGAACCGCAUUUCAAUGAGGACCAGCUCCAGCGCAUCGGUGCACUAGCGGCCGCAGCUUCCAGACGCUCGUGCUCAGCAGCCCCAGCCGCGCCCAGCCGGGCGAGGACAGCUCCAGCAGCCGGCUACAGACUACCCAGCCUCCACCCGCGACCGGUUCCAUACGCAAGCCAGUCAUGUCGUUCGGCAGAGAUGUGGAGUUGGAGCAUUUUGAUGAACGAGACAAGGCGCAGAGGUACAGCAGGGGGUCCCGUGUGAACGGCCUGCCCAGCCCCACACACAGCGCCCACUGCAGCUUCUACCGCACCCGCACACUGCAGACGCUCAGCUCUGAGAAGAAAGCCAAGAAGGUUCGAUUCUACAGAAAUGGCGACCGCUACUUCAAAGGAAUUGUGUAUGCCAUCUCCCCAGACCGUUUCAGAUCCUUCGAGGCCCUGCUGGCUGAUUUGACCCGAACUCUCUCGGAUAAUGUGAAUUUGCCCCAGGGGGUGAGAACCAUCUAUACCAUAGAUGGACUCAAGAAGAUCUCCAGCCUGGAUCAGCUGGUAGAAGGUGAAAGCUAUGUCUGCGGCUCCAUCGAGCCCUUUAAGAAGCUGGAGUACACCAAGAACGUGAACCCCAACUGGUCAGUGAAUGUCAAGACCACCUCAGCCUCCCGGGCAGUGUCUUCUCUGGCCACUGCCAAGGGGGGGCCUUCAGAGGUCCGAGAGAAUAAGGAUUUCAUUCGACCCAAGCUGGUCACCAUCAUCCGAAGUGGGGUGAAGCCACGGAAGGCUGUCAGAAUCCUGCUGAACAAGAAGACGGCUCACUCCUUUGAGCAGGUUCUCACUGACAUUACCGAUGCUAUCAAGCUGGACUCGGGUGUGGUGAAGCGCCUGUACACCUUGGAUGGGAAGCAGGUGAUGUGCCUUCAGGACUUUUUUGGUGACGAUGACAUUUUUAUUGCAUGUGGACCAGAGAAGUUCCGUUACCAGGAUGAUUUCUUGCUAGAUGAAAGUGAAUGUCGAGUGGUGAAAUCAACUUCUUACACCAAAAUAGCAUCAGCAUCCCGCAGGGGCACAACCAAGAGCCCAGGACCUUCCCGACGAAGCAAGUCCCCAGCCUCCACCAGCUCAGUUAAUGGAACCCCUGGUAGUCAGCUCUCCACUCCACGCUCGGGCAAGUCACCAAGUCCAUCACCCACCAGCCCAGGAAGCCUGCGGAAGCAGAGGAUUUCUCAGCAUGGCGGCUCCUCUACUUCACUUUCAUCCACAAAAGUCUGCAGCUCAAUGGAUGAGAACGAUGGCCCUGGGGAAGAAGAAUCUGAGGAAGGCUUCCAGAUUCCUGCCACAAUAACAGAGAGAUACAAAGUUGGAAGAACAAUAGGAGACGGAAAUUUUGCUGUUGUCAAGGAAUGUAUAGAGAGGUCGACCGCUCGGGAGUAUGCUCUGAAAAUCAUCAAGAAAAGUAAAUGCCGAGGCAAAGAACACAUGAUCCAGAAUGAAGUCUCCAUCUUAAGGAGAGUGAAGCAUCCGAACAUUGUCCUCCUGAUUGAAGAGAUGGAUGUGCCGACUGAACUGUAUCUUGUAAUGGAAUUAGUAAAGGGUGGAGACCUUUUUGACGCCAUCACUUCCACUAGCAAAUACACAGAGCGAGAUGCCAGUGGGAUGCUGUACAACCUGGCCAGUGCCAUCAAAUACCUGCACAGCCUGAACAUCGUCCACCGUGACAUCAAGCCGGAGAACCUGCUGGUGUAUGAGCACCAGGAUGGCAGCAAGUCACUCAAGCUGGGUGACUUUGGUCUGGCCACAAUUGUCGACGGCCCCCUGUACACAGUCUGUGGCACCCCAACCUAUGUGGCUCCAGAAAUCAUCGCAGAGACUGGAUAUGGCCUCAAGGUGGAUAUCUGGGCAGCUGGCGUUAUCACUUAUAUCCUGCUGUGUGGUUUCCCUCCAUUCCGUGGAAGUGGAGAUGACCAGGAGGUGCUUUUUGACCAGAUCUUGAUGGGCCAAGUGGACUUUCCAUCUCCGUAUUGGGACAAUGUGUCAGAUUCAGCUAAGGAGCUCAUUAACAUGAUGCUGUUGGUUAACGUGGACCAGAGAUUUUCAGCCCUGCAGGUCCUUGAGCAUCCCUGGGUUAAUGAUGAUGGUCUCCCAGAAAAUGAGCAUCAGCUGUCAGUAGCUGGCAAGAUCAAGAAGCAUUUCAACACAGGCCCCAAGCCGAGCAGCACUGCAGCUGGAGUUUCUGUAAUAGCACUGGACCACGGGUUUACCAUCAAGAGAUCAGGGUCUUUGGACUACUACCAACAACCAGGAAUGUAUUGGAUAAGACCACCGCUCUUGAUAAGGAGAGGCAGGUUUUCCGACGAAGACGCAACCAGGAUGUGAGGAGCCGGUACAAGGCACAGCCAGCUCCGCCAGAACUCAACUCGGAAUCAGAAGACUACUCCCCCAGCUCCUCUGAGACUGUUCGAUCCCCCAAUUCGCCCUUUUAAUAAGACCCUUUUACUCGAAGUCCUAGCUUAACCCUUUAAGACUCUGAGAUUUCCCCUCCCCUCAAACUUCUGUAAAACAGGUUCAUCUGAUCUAUCUAGCACUCAGUGCCGAAUGGCAGAACAGAAAGUAUGUUUUGGGUACCUUUGUAGCAAGUUCCCUGUACUGAAUGAGAAGGCAUGUGGUGUUUGUGACAACAGUAAUUUGCUGCUAAUAGGGGUCCUUAAAGGGUUAAGGCUAAUUUGUGAUUUUUUUUUUUUAAACAUAGAAGUAAUGAAUGUUUUCAUCGGUCAAACUAGGAUCUGCAGUAUGUAACAUAGCACAUGUUAGCCCUCUGAGUGCAUAGAAUUUUCUUGAGAGUCCUUGCUGGGGAAUUUUUCAGACCCUUGAAUAUACUCACACAUAUUUCUUGAUUUUACUGCAGGCCAAGGGGCGUCAUUAAGACCCAAAAAUGUCUAUACAAGGAGAGUAUGGGGGGGAUGACACAUUGCCGAGCCUUCUCUGUGGGUUUAGGAAAUGGCAGGUUUUAUAGCAUCAGCGGAUGCACUCCUCUUGCUUCACCAUCUUAUGAAGAAGGGAAGCCCCUUUUCCUAAGUAGUAAGCUGGUUAGCUGCAGAGACUCCUCUGCUUUGAUUAGAGGGAAUUAGGUUUAUGGCAGUCUAACCCAAGCGAUUGACAGUGUCUCUCCCUGUCUCCAUACAAAGAUGUGCUGAAGACGCCCCUGAAAUGCUGCUUCCCCAUUAGCUGCUGCUAGUGCCAGGCAGACCCUCGGGGAACCACCUAGCCUUGUGCUUGUGCUUGUGCUUGGUGAGUUGGGAUCUGUCUGCUCAGGAUCAGAAGAGCUCAAGAAACAACUGGUGAAAAGAGCAAUAAAUUACCAGGUGCUCUACAGGGCUGGGAAUCCAACCAGCAAAGGAAAGCAAGGCUCUGUUUUUUUUUUUUUUUUUUUUUUUGUUUUUUUUUUUCCUCAGCUGCUUUUACACAGGAUUAUAGAUAGCCACCAGUGUGAAACCAACACAAAAGAAGAUCUGGGGCACGAGGGAAGAGAGGCGAGUGCUUUGCAAAGAGGCAGAAGGGAAAGUUCAGAGGAAACACAAUCCAAAAGGUUCUAAAAUAGGAUUCAUAGAAACAAAAGGAUUCCAUGAGUAACUCUAGGUACCAGGAUGUCAGUACCAGCAAGUCUACCAGAAAAUACCUUGGAGGCUGAAGCGGACACUCCUGCACCAUGAUUUUCUUUACUUUGGCUUGGUCUCUACUCCUCCAGGAGGGACGUGUUGCUUUUCUGGUUUGCCUGCCUGGGGUUGGUUUUUCACUCCUGUUAUGCUAUCUGUCUCCCAGGCCCGAGUUUCUUCGGGAGCUGAUGACUGCAUUUCAGUAUGUGGACUUGAGCUUCCUCUUCAUUACAUCCGUGCUCCAGAGGGAUGCACGAGUGUGAUCCGUGCUCCAGAGGGAUGCACGAGUGUGAUCCGUGCUCCAGAGGGAUGCACGAGUGUGUGGGAGGCAAGGCCCAACUCAAAUGUUGCCCUAAUGUUUUCUCAGCUUUGACUCAGGAGAGAACAGUUUUAAACUCCAGGACGGCUACAAGUUCCUUAUUUGCUCAUUCUUUCUUUGAAUGUAUUUUAAUGUCUUGAAAGUUAUGAACAACCUUCCCAUAGUCAGGGCUUUAUUUUCGAACUCCACACUGAUCUGCAACUGCUGUGUUUAUACAUAGUCAUUAAACUAUGUUCUGCACACAUAUAGAUUCUUAAAUGACAGAAUCCCACAUUUCCUGCUCUCCUACAUUAAAUGUAACAUUUAUUUCAUUUUUUUUUUCCUUUUUGGGAGUCCAGAAAUGAUACACAUAAAAUCACAAAAUGGUAUAAAUUUGUAUAUUAUUUGACUUGGGUGUUGGGACUAGGGACAGGGCGUAGACCACCAGGAAAAGUGUCAAUAUGUAGAUAGAGUCCAUAUUGGUGAAAGACUAGAACUGGCCCCAAAAUCACUACUUUCUCUGGAACAGAAAAGCAAAGUGCUGUUCUAAGAUCAGCAAGUAAUGGCAUUGCUGCGCCUCAACUCCACGUGUGUGACUAUAAAACACCCUAUGGCCAAUAGCAGAUUGCCACUUUCUCUGAAUUCCUGCUUUCCCGGUCAUUAACAUAUGGCCACAGCAUCCAGGGCUGCAGGCCCACAGCGCAGGGCUCUGGAAUGUUCUCAUCAGCAUUUUCUCAUCCUGCUGCAGAGGGGCAGCCCAGAAGAAUUCAGAGUCCAUUCAGAAGGAUGAUCACAGCACAUCCCUAUAGAAUUUCAGUGAUCUACACUGAAUACAUAGUGGAAUGUAACCUGUCAAGUAGAAAUAUUGAGCAAUCAAAUGGAAUGCAGUAAUUCAGUAAUCUUGCCAGUGUUAAGCUACCAAGAUCUUAGAUGUCAGAGUUGUAACUCAGAGGGUGAACAGACAAGCACAGGCUGAUGACUCGGUGCAUCCAGGCUGCUUUGCUUUAGCCCACAUUGAUAUCCUCCCCUCAAUAUUCUCAGAAUAGCUCCAGUUUGAAAUAAUUAAGUGGUGGUGUUCUUUGGAUUUCUAUAACCAAAUCAAUCUUAUUUUUUAUUUUGUGUAUCAUAGAACAACUACGUGCCAUUAUGGCUGUGUAUCACUGUAAUUAUCUACUGAACCAUCAUGACUGUUUUCAUAUUUUUGCGUAUUGAAUAUAACUCUUAUGGUGGUAGUCUGGUGAUGGGAAUUGCCCUUCCUUUACUAGCAAGGCCAGUCUUGUGGUAUUGAAAGGAUUCUUUCAGUUUGAGAGUAGAGUAGUUGAAAACUCCUUCAAUACUUCUUGUAAAUCAAUUCUGUAGAUGAGACCCGUUCUAUUAAUGAAUACGUUUCCCUCAACAUUGUAGAAGGGACCACUUUAUUUGUCAUGAUCAAUAAAUAUGUGAAUUGUUCCAGACUACUAGAAGGAAAAGUUAAGGUCUUCAGUCCCUGGAAAUGUUCUGGUUGUAGCCCUCACCUAACUCACACGUGGUGUGUAUUAACAUAAGUCAAGGAGAAACAUGAAUAAACAACAGAAAAACA